CGCCAACGUUAGGCUGCGCAGUGCGUACUCUCUAGCAGCCGCUAAACUAAGCAAGUUAACGUAGUUUGCGCCUUGCCGCUUGCCUAAUUACGCGACUGGACGUUUGCUUUGAAGGAAACUGUUCUGGGAGAUGUGCGUGCGCCAUGUCGGUGCUACGGCGACCGCUUUUCUGCUUGGUGCUAAACCACCGGUGUUUCAGUUUGAGUGCCUGCACUGGCAAUAAGCCCAAAAGCAAGCUGAAGGAAUGGGAAUCCGUCGUUGGCAUUGAAGUCCAUGUUCAAAUAGCGUCCAAAUCGAAGUUAUUUUCUAACUCGCCAUACAAGUUCGGCGCACCUCAAAACUCCCAAGUUUCGCCUUUUGAUGCGUCCAUACCCGGAACACUGCCUGUCCUGAACCGGAGAUGCGUCGAAGCAGCGGUCCUGACUGCGCUUGCGCUAAACUGCGAUAUCAAUACUGUGUCACACUUCGACAGGAAGCAUUACUUCUACGCAGAUAUGCCAGCAGGAUACCAGAUUACGCAACAAAGGUCGCCUUUGGCCACCGGUGGCUACCUAGACUAUGUUGUCUUUGCGCCUGGUUCUCAGGAAACGUACUCUAAGCGAGCAACAAUGAUUCAACUUCAGCUUGAGCAGGACAGUGGCAAAAGCCUGCAUGAUGUCACAGGCGCCAGGAGCCUUAUUGACCUUAACCGUGCAGGGGUUGGCCUCAUGGAGCUCGUUUUUGAUGCGUGCCUUAAAGAUGGUGAAGAGGCAGCUAGCCUUGUGAAAGAGUUGCUCGCCACGUUACGCACUCUUAAUGUGUGCAGUGGCAAGAUGGAAGAGGGUGCUCUCCGUGUGGAUGCAAACGUGUCAGUAAAUCGUCCAGGUGAACCAUGGGGCACGCGAACUGAAGUGAAGAACCUCAACAGCGUGCGUGCCGUCGCUAAUGCUGUAGAUUUCGAAAUUGCAAGACAGAUUGAAGUCCUUUCAUCUGGUGGAAAAGUUAUAAACACGACUAUGUCCUUUGACAGCUUGAAGAGGUGCACCAUUCCGAUGAGAGACAAAGAAGUCGUUCAGGAUUACAGGUUUAUGCCGGAACCCAACUUGCCUCCUUUAGUGAUUACUGUGCACGAGACUGAUGACCAAGCCACGGUCAGCGUUGAAAAGCUACGCAAUGAAAUGCCCACUCUUCCAUGGCAGCACAAGGAAAGACUUAUAAAAGAUUACGGCUUGACACCACACCAAGCUCAGACGAUAACGAAUGAAGAUGGCUUCCUGGAGCUCUUUCUCAAACUGGUCAGCUUUGAUGAUUGUGAAUUCAAGCACAUUGUCAACUGGCUGCUGCUUCACUUGCUCGCCCAGCUAAACAAAGCAGACAUCACAUUGCCAUCCAGUUCCUUAGAUGCAGCAAGAUUCCACGAGCUGCUGAUUCUAAUACAGCAGCAGCGGAUUAGCAACACAUUAGCACAAGAAGUUUUGCAGCUCUUGAUAAAUGGCGAUCCGAGGACACCAGCUAAGAUUAUUGAAGAGAAUGACUGGUGGCAAAUAACCGAUGUUGAGCAGCUGACACAGUUAUGCCAGACUGUCAUAAGCGAGAACCCAAAAGAUGCAAAGAAGGCAGCCAGAGGAAAAGAGAGGGUCCUCAACUCACUCAUGACAAAAGUAAAUGCAUUGUCAAACAGCCGAGCCCAAAUGAAACUUGCCAAGAAGAUUAUGUCUGAGCUUCUCGACAAACUGAAAUAAAAGAUGUUGUUUUCAC